AGCUUGUCAGCUCAAGGGGCGGGCGGGGUGUCGGUGUGUGAGAAAGGGAGGGGCCUCUCAGAAGGGGUCGCCUCCCUCCCUGUACCCCGGGGAGACAGUGGCGGGUGCACAGCUCAUCCCAGCGGGUGCCCACCGUCGGACAAGUUCUUCCGGGGAGAGACGGGGGAGAUUCACAGGAUCCAGAAGCUGGGUGGGAGGGGGUCAUGAUGGAAAUUAACACGGGAGUGAGAAGGUGAAGCUCACCUCCUGUGGACCCCAAACCAGUCCUCCAAAGAUGGGGAGUGGGGGGGACUCCCUGCCAUGGCAGCAUGUGCCUGAGCUGGCUGUGUUCUCCUCCCUAGCUCAACAUCUCUUCCAGCUUUCCAAGUCUGCUUCCUUCAUUCAGAGCUCUUCCUCUAAUCUCAAUGGUGGCCUCCUUGGAGAGAGCUCCACUUUCGCCGUCUCAGGCCCCUAAACUGCCCCCAGCAUGGUCUCACAUCUUGAGCAGUGCAGAGAUUCAUCCCCCUACAUCCUCCACCCCUAACUACUCCAGGCCAACCACAACUCAGCAGAACUGUCCAGAACUAGCUGGGCAGAGCUGGCAAGGCUCGCUUGCCUUCCCCCUCCUCCCGCUGCAGGAUGCUGAGGCCGAACCUGCAAGCUCCUGGGAGGCUCCAGGGGCGCAGAGGGAGUGCUGAAGAUGCCCUCACUGUUCCUUGGUCCCUCCCGUGGACACUCCAUACCCCCGUUUUGUUAAGAGGGCUGUCUGCUUGCCUGUCCCACAUCUGGAUCCCCCUUCAGUCUCUGGAUGCCAGAGAGGCUCCUCGCUCAGAUACCCCAAGACCCAAGUAUAAUGGUGUCUCAUGGGCCAGGGUUCCCCAAUCAGCAGGAGAAAGUUGGGAAGGAGAAACUUCAAGGAUCCCCAACAAACUCCAGCCUUUUUGGACCUGGAAUCGCUGGGAGGAAGCAAGCUGGGUGGGGCUGGCUGGGCUAGGCUGACCCCUCCCCGAUGGGGGGCGGGACCCCAGGGGGAGGAAUAGAACAGAUCUACCGGAGACCAGACACUGGAGAAAGAUGGCAGGAACCAGUGCAGGGGCCCGCUUCUACCGGCAGAUCAAAAGACACCCCGGGCUCAUCCCGAUGAUUGGCUUCAUCUGCUUGGGCAUGGGCAGUGCUGGGCUCUAUCUGCUGCGACUUGCACUGCGUAGCCCGGAUGUCUGCUGGGACAGGAAGAACAAUCCAGAGCCCUGGAACCGCAUGAGUCCCAAUGACCAGUACAAGUUCCUUGCCGUUUCCACUGACUACAAGAAGCUGAAGAAGGACCGGCCGGACUUCUGAGGCAGGGCCCGGGGGUUCCUUGUGAAUCGCUUUCCACUCCCUGCCCUAGACCCUAGGGCGUCAGUCUAGCAACACUGCCCAGCUUCUGCUCACAUGGCCCGAUUCCCACGCACAGGGGAGGCGGCUCCGCUCCCCCCUCCCUUGCUCCCCGCGGAGGAAGAGCCUCUGACCCUCAGCUGGAAUCCCACGGUGGGGGAGGGGAGUCAAGCCUGCAGGCAGAAGCUGGGGUUGGCCCCAAAGGCCCAGGCCGGCCCCUCUCUCCUCCUACCCCCCACGCCUAACUGGGUGUGGCGCAGGCUACGUGUUGAGCGUGCCAGACGUGUGCCAAGAGACGGGGCAGGCCCCACGUCAGCUCCAGUUUUGAGCCAGGUCUAGGGGGAGCAGCUGCCCAGGCUCGACGGGGCUCGUCCCGGCCUCCCAGCCUGCCUCGGGUGGGUAGCCUCCACCACGCAGUGUGUCCCUUUCCUGCCCAAGCCUUCGCCGCCCAUCAAGGGCACCCCCUCCCACCCUGCACCUGGGCCUUCCCUGCUUCUCCCACCCUCCCUUCCCUUGCUCCUCGGUCCCUGGGGAUCAAACAGAAGCAGCCGUGGGCAAAAUACAAUUUCAUUUAACAAAUUGAA